AUGCUCGCUACACGUAAGCCAAAUGUUGCUUACAUCGAUUGGCAUCCUGGCGAAGCGUCGGUGCAAGCCACUAUGAAUCUCGGUGCUCGAGUUCCUAUCGAAGCCAUCGUCGACAAGCUCCCAGAGCAACACCGCAUCUUUCACUCUUCAGCCCUUCGAUUUCUUUCAGUCACGACCCUGGAUGAACAAGGAAGACCUUGGGCAUCUGUUUUAUGCUCGAAGGAUGGAUCCCCUUCAUUCAUUUCUAGUCCGUCUUCGACAUCCCUGGAAAUCAAGGCUCAUGUGUGGGAUGGAGAUCCCGUUGUGCGGAACGUCCCAGCCUUCAAGACGUCGCUGGGAGCAGGCAAACGACCACUUAUUUCUGCCAUCGGGCUGGAGACUUCGACGCGCAGACGGAACAAGUUUGGCGGUUCGAUUGUGACGGCAUCUCUUCGUGAUCGCACGCUUUCACUUGGAAUUUCAGUGAGCUCUGCACUUGGGCUUUGCCCCAAAUACAUCAACGUUCAUGACCUUGAGUCUGUUGAAGCCGGCCCUCGCGUCUCCUCGCAAAAAUGGAUCCUCGAAGAGAACGAUCGACUUCCGGUGAAAGUGAUUGACUACGUCCACAAUACCGAUACAGCAUAUCUCGCUACGUCCUACGUUGCUUCUCCAAACGAUGAGGAUAUGCAUCCGUCUCGUCUCGGGACGAAUCACCGAGGUGGACGUCCUGGUUUUGUAAGAGUGCGCAGAGACGAGCGAACUCUCGUUCUUCCUAACUAUGCCGGCAAUCGAGUCAUGAACUCCCUCGGAAACAUCCAUAUAACUCCAGUCGCGUCCCUCGUCUUCCCGUCCUUCACCUCCGGCUCCAUCCUCUACGUCACGGGAACCGCCCAGACUUUAUUCGGCGACUCCGCCCAAUCUCUCAUGCCCGGCAUAAAGGUAGUCACUACCAUCCGCACUACAGGCUUCUCCUUCGUCCACAACGCCCUCCCACUCCGCGAACGACCCGGUACAGCAGAAACCAGCCCGUACUGCCCACCCAUUCGUUACCUCGCCGAAGAAACACCUCCCACGGUCAGGUGGGGCGACGUCGAAGCCCGACUCGUAAAAGCGCAAAUCCAUAACGACUUACUCGUCACAUAUACGCUCAAAGCGGACAAGCCGAUCGAGAUACGACCGAGCCAGAACGUGGUGUUGGAUCUGUCUAGGUUCAUGAGAGGGAAAUCGCACGAGGUGAUGUAUUGGGAAGAGCCGGAUACAGCUGUAAACGACGACUGUGUGAGGACUUGGACGGUUUCUGUACCGCCUACCGACGCCGAGCCGUCGACAUUCGGAAUCACCGUUCGUUCAGUCAAAGGCGGAUUCCUCACUCCGAUUCUUUACCGCCUUGUCGACUCAUACGCCACUCAGAAUCCCCAGUUCGUCACUAAUGCAACCUUGGGCAAGACCGUCGACCUUUCCCAGCUGGACAUCUCGAUCGAUCUUCGAGGCAUAGGCGGGAAUCUCCCUGUCCCUCAACCUCUAGCGAGGUGUGAUGCCCCAGAAGGACGAAGACUUCUCUGGAUUGCAGGAGGAAUCGGAUUGACGCCGUUCCUGGGUUUGAGCAGAUAUGUGGCGGGGUUAGUCGGACAUCCGAAGGGACCUUUCGGGGUGUGGGAUGUCGCACUCGUGGUAUCGACGCGCGAGACGGAGGUGAUGCUUCGUCUAGUCAACGAUGCACUUGGCCAGGCACGAAGCAGGUCCCCCGAUUCCAAGGAAGUUCGCGAGUCUCUUCGGUAUUUGAUCCAUAUCUUCGAUUCAUCGUUAGAGGGCGAUGAAGAUAAAAAGGCGAUGGUGGAGAGUUGGAGAGGGAUUGUCCCGGAGUUUGUUGAGCUGAGGUUAUGUGGCGGAAGGAUGAGAAGAGCCGGAGAAUUUUGGGAGAGUAAAGAGAUAAAGGCGAUCGAGCGAGAGUCGCAUAUCUGUGGGCCUUUCCCGUUUGUGAGGGCUGCGAUGGAAGGUUUGGCGGCGGCGGGAGUCGAUGAGGAAGCUGUCAUGAGGGAGAGGUUCACGUAUUAACGAUGGUUAUAUGCGACCUAUUGAAUACAUGGAAUCUCGGACAAGGGGUCAACAUUGUAGGAUCACCACAACAACCAUUGUAUGCGCCGUAUUCAUGGCUCAACCAAACAUGGUUGACAUGAGCUUGUAGAAUGAGUAGCGUAAUGCGCCAUGGACUUUAAUGAAGUCGACUUCCUUUGUCACAUCAGUACAUUUUUCAUAGAAAAUGUGCGCCGUCCACAUGGCUCUCUCUCCGUAUCAACCCUUCCUCGUCAUUUAACCUCCUAAACUGACCAGCAACCACCUCAUACCAAGAGACCAUCAACUUCCCGCUAUCGUCCACGACAAGCCUGAACUCAACCGUGACUGCCGGUAAUGUACCGUCCAAGCUAGACGAGCUGAGCUCCGUCAGCCUCUGCAUCAUCGAAGUCGUCCAAUCCAACUCCUCGCGACGUCUCCGCUCCAUGGUCUCAUCCGAGUCUUCAACAUACAGAUACACUUUCCAUCGUCGGUGCAGGCACAAAUACGACAGUAGA